AUGAGUGGAGCAUUUGGAGGAAACAGAGGAUUAAGGCCAAUACCACCAGAAAAGGGCAUUUUCCCUUUGGAUCACUUGCACGAAUGUGAUGCGGAGAAGAAAGAAUAUCUUGGCUGUCUCAAGUCUUCAGCUCACAAAUCUGAGCAAUGUAGACAUCUCUCAAAGAAAUAUCUUCAGUGUCGAAUGGCCAAGAACUUGAUGGCAAAGCAGGAUAUGUCUGAACUUGGAUUCAGUGGUGUUAAAGAAUUGGAUUCCACUGGAGAAAAGAGUAAAGAGAGUAUCGAACAUUGAAAGGUGGACAAAAGAAACUUUGAGCCUUUUUUUUUGUAGAAUAUUUGGAUUGAAAUUUGAUUCACUUGAGAUAGCAUUGAAAUAAAAGUCUAGGUUAGAAAAGUUCUACUAUUCUCAAACUAUAUGCUUCACCAUUUGUAAUCGUUACAUAUCACGUAUAUGUAUUUCUGUGUGAACUAAAGCAUUAUACAAAGUCAAAGUAUCAUCAUACAGAAGCAAAAGGAGUAUACAAUAUUGUUCUCGGCCCAUAUGCGCCUGUAGACUUUUUG